AUGAAGUCUACUACUACUACUACUACUACUACUACUACUACUACUACUACUACUACUACUACUACUACUACUACUACUACUACUACUACUACUACUACUACUACUACUACUACUACUACUACUACUACUACCACUACUACUACUACUACUACUACUACUACUACUACUACUAGCCAAUUAAUAAAUUACUUUCUCAGAUCUACAUGUUAA